ACCUCCUGGACUCGUGUUUACUCGUGCGUUUCCGGAACUUGUCGGUUUCUGAACAUGGCGAUGGCCUUACGAAAGUCUUCGUUGUUGUUGAGCGCAAGGUUGCUCUGUCCGGAGCUAAAGAUUCUUUGCUCAUAUCACAAGAAGGUUGUAGACCACUACGAAAAUCCAAGAAAUGUGGGCUCUUUGAAUAAAAAUGCCCAAAACGUGGGGACUGGUUUAGUGGGCGCUCCGGCCUGUGGUGAUGUCAUGAAACUGCAGAUUGAAGUGGAUGAAAAUGGGAAGAUCGUGGAUGCCAAAUUUAAAACAUUUGGCUGCGGAUCAGCCAUUGCUUCAAGCUCUCUGGCAACUGAGUGGGUGAAAGGGAAGUCGGUCGAUGAAGCUUUGAGGAUCAAGAACACAGACAUUGCAAAAGAACUCUCCCUUCCACCAGUCAAGCUUCAUUGUUCCAUGCUUGCAGAAGAUGCCAUAAGAGCAGCCCUGUCUGAUUACAGAAUAAAACAGAACAAGGAGGAGCAGGGUGUCAAAGCCAGCGGUUAGUUUCUCAUCAUUAAGCAUCCAUAAUGGGUCGGUGUGCCUCAGGGAAGUGCCAUGUACGUUGUCACAGGGCUGUACAGAAAGUGGUGAACCCUUUCUUCCUUCGGGAUUAUGGAUCCUUUCCUCUCUUUUCUUUUGCUUAGUGUAACAAACCUGUUGCUCAAUAAUAUUUGCAUUUGUGAUGAUGCAAUAGUAACUUUUUUUUUCAAAGCAUCAUCACAUACUUACCAAAUACCAUCUUGAUAAAACAAUAUGAUAUCCGGCUUCUUCAAUUUUAUUCGUAUUUGUGAUGGAGAUUUUGAAACUGGAAAUUAAAGGUCAAUAUUACAAGAAA